GUAGACGAACUUCUUUUUUUUUUUAUUAUUAUUCUGAGUAGUGAUUAGGUGAAAGCAAGAUAAAAAUCGAAGUAUUAUGCCACUUUGUCUAGGUCCUAAAUUUUGUCUUAAUUGAUAUUAGUUUAGGGACAGGUUAUUUUUCAUAUCAAGUGUAACCAUCCUGAUACACCAUGAUUCUAUCCUGUCUAAAAGUUCAAGUGGGAUUAUACACUCGUUUCCUACAACCAUUAAAGCAGGAUAUUGUAUUAUAUCAGUGGUGUUGUGCCAUGACUCUUUGCACAAAAGGAAGUGAACUUCAACAUGCUGGGCAUUAUCUUUGUGAAUUGAACCAUCUGCCAAGAUUUCAUGCUUUUGAACGUAUGUUAGGACACUCUUGUAAGUGGAAUUAUCCAAUCAAGAGCAGUUUUCCUGAUGUAGCCACUGGUGGUAUUUUAUCAAAAGUAAGAAGAAAAUUAGGCUUACUAGAAGUUUCCAAAAUGAGAUUGAUGGCUUCUGCAGUUUUUUUAUAUGAAGCUUGUGUUGAUGAUGUGAAUAUUUCCACAUUCUUUACUCGUUAUCAAUUACCAGACACAUUUCUCUCCUGGUUUCUUGUAAUGGAAUUGCAUGUUUGGAUGUGCCUAGUUAGAGUAAUGAAAGAAGGAGAUAAAGGCAGGUUUGUUAGAAAUAAAGUGGUUGAGGCAAUGUGGAAGGAUGUAGAUAUGCGACUUAGUAAAUUAGGGGAAUCCAGUGCAGCCAAGAAAAGAGAAGGCAAGAAAGAACUGCUAAGCCACUUUCAAGCCUCUUUGUUUUCUUAUGAUGAGGGUCUUCUAAGUGAUGACAAAAUCCUUGCUGCUGCUAUCUGGAGGAUCUUAUUUUGUUACUCUUGCACUAGUCCAAUUUUGCUUGAAGAAUUGGUCCAUUAUGUUCGAAAGCAGGUAGACUAUCUUGACUCCCAGAGCAGUGAAGCUAUAAUAACAAAAGGGAAGUUACAGUGGGCUCCUCUGUCUGAGUCUCUGUGUGUUAGAAAAUUUACUUAAUUGUGUUAUUACAUUGUUAGCAAAUUAGUUAACUGAACAUUUCAGAUCAUUUCACACAGUAAUAAAUAGUUUUAAAUAGGAUUUUUACCUUUGGGUUUGAUAUGUGUUUGUAUAGUUUUACUUGAACACAGUGUGAACUUUAUUAGCUAGAAAAUGGAAAAGAAAAAAUACUAAAUUAUAUUUGGAAGCAAAACAGAUGUUUACUAAUAAAUUUUUUUAAUGAAAAUGACAUUUCGUAUGCAUAAAUAUAUAUAUGGUUUUCUUUUUAAUGUUUGUGCAUUUGAUAGCAUUAUGAAAUUAUAGUUCAAAACACCAAAAAUACUUCUUUAAUUUCAGCUUCAUUGAGUUUUGUUUUAUUGUAAAGUAUAGGGAAGAUAUUAGCCUAUUUCUAUAGCUAGUCCAGUAAUUUUUUUUUUAUAACUUUAAGGUUAUAAGUGGGGUUUAUGAAUGCCAUUGGCUUUAUGGUACAUUUUACUAAACUGUUUAUGCUUCAUGUUGCUUGUGGGUACUUUAUUAUGUAUUUGUUGCCUGUUAACAUAGAAAUCAUACAAAAAAUAUAAACAAAUACCGCCAAUAUUUCAAUUUAUCUCACUAAUUAUCUCUGAUAGAUAGCAGGUAGGUUUUAUAAUGACCUACACAAUGAUAUUCUUGACCUUGCCAUCCAUCAACUUCAAUUUCUUUCUAACCUAGAAUGAUAUACCUACCUGCAAAGGUCCCAGCCUGGGUUACUUAUAGUUUCUGUGAACUGCAAAGAUGAUGUUUAGUCAGAGCUAAAUGUAUUAGAGGUCCAGUAGCUAUGUUUGUGGCAGAAGAAUGCUUUAAAGCAUCAGUGGCACAGUGCUAUUCAAGGAAAGAACCAGAUCUUCUGGGAGCAACCUGUAUAGUUCAUUAUAUUGAUUCUGGGGCUAACUGCUACUAUUAGUGCCUGAGGAUAAAUCAUAACAACUAAUAAUAGUUGUGAAUGUUGGACCAAGAAGAAUCAAUGCAUUAGACAUUUGGUGCUACUGCAGAAUGCUGGAAAAGCAGAAUCCCAAAUAUAGAAAGUCCCCAGAAUUAAUUGUGAAAGCUAAUACAUGAAGAACACAGCUAGUUGAAAAAUGGUACUUGCUGAACAUGAGCAAGGAACAAGUGUCAAAAUAUCUUUCUUUAUUCAUCUUAGAAGGAAGAAUAGAAGGCAGCAGUGGUAAAGUUAAUCAGUGAUGCACAUGGCUGGAUGUCAUUAAAGAAUGGUUAAAUAUCAAAGAACAUUUAUGAAGGAAAAGUUUGGGUGAACUGGAAGAUCAUGAUUUCCAACCUUUGGUCAAAGAGGGUACAAUGAUUGAUUGAAUUACUGCUGGGGUUCCCUAUUUAUUUUACAUAGAAAAUGAGUGAAUAUGCUUAAUUUUCAUUGGCGAGUUCUUUGCAUUGAAUGUUGUAAUAGGCAAAAGCAUUAUAUGUCUUGAUAUGAUGAAUAUGUGGAUCCCACUGAUAGUGGAUUUGAGGAUUAACACAUCCAAAUGCACAAUUCAUAGUACCUUUCAGUGAAAUGCUAGAAGCUUGUUCAGUAAUUUACCUUAGUUUUAUGAUCUGAUGGAACUAUUAUUCACAGACCAGCUUUAAAAAAAAAAAACAGAAAGAGGGAGAAUAUUCUCCCUUUUAUAUAUAAUGGCUAUGUGGGUCUGUUGAUAUGUGUUCAUUGACCUUCACUUUUGAGCAUGAACAGGAGGUCAUUAAGGUUUUCAUAGCAUGUUUAAUUUUGUUAUAUAUUAUACAGAUCAUUCUAAUUUGUAGAAUAUGUACAGUAAUACUCAUUUUCAAACAUAAAGUAUAAGUCAUCAGAGUAUAAACAUAAGAUUUUUAGAUUCAAAAUAUUGGCCUUCUUCUUGUAGAUGUUCACAAAUGUUUGUCUCUCCAGAUAGUUAAUUAAAACACCAAAAAGUAUUAAGAUAUCUGAACAAAACGUUUUACGUGUAGAGAAACAGCCAAUUAAAAUAAAAGGGUCGGUCAUAUAAAGAUGUGAUGUUGACAAAAAGUUAUAUAAAAGGGCCCAUGUAAAAGUGAAUAAGUUAAAGAAGUAAAAUUGAGGGACAUUUGGCCUCCUUUUUAAUCACAAUUAAUAUUGGUUCCACAUUUGUUUCAAUAGUUUGCACCUCCAUUGAUUUUAGUAAAUUACCUUCUAUAGAAAUAUGGGUAUUUUAACACUCCUUGUUCAUUUGCCACCUAUUAAAACAGUACAAAAAGCAUAUUUAGAAAAAAAUCUAGUUUUACCAUGAAUCCAGAGAAGAUUAAUAAAAACAAUGGUAGAAUAUCCAUAUCUAGAAAUAAAUUACCAGUGUAAGGAGUGAUAUUUGUUAAAUGACAAGCAUUCAAAAGCUCAUAAUUUUUUUUUUAAAUUUGGCAAAUGAAAAUCUACAUUUAAUAGAUUUAUAUCUUGAAAUGAUAUCCUAAGACUUACUAAUUGGUUCAGAAAAUUGUUGUAUCAUCAGAAUCCCAUUUUGUAGAACUUGCUAUUAUAUAAUGCAGUUUAACACUUCCAUGAAAAACCAUCUGGCCUAUUGUAAUUUUAAUUAUUUUAGUAACUUAAACUUUGUUGUGAAAUGAAAGUAAUUAAAUAUGCAGUCAAAUCGAUUAAACUAAUUGGUUAUAAUAGGACAGUAAGCAUUAAAAGCAUGUAAGAUGCACAUACCAGAUUGCCCAAAAGCAGCUUGAAUGUGUGAGGCAUUUUCUAUGUAAUUGCCAUUAUAAGCAGUCUAUUGUUGGUGAAGUUGGAAUAAAUACAGGUAUGUGAUUAAACGUUGCAGGUGAAAAUUGUAUAUUCAUAUGUAAAGUUUGUGCAUGCUUCAAAAGAAUAAAUAAAAAAGUUAAAUAAUAUUCA